AUGAUAUACUCGAAUGUAAAGCAAAUUGAAAAAGUCAGUGAAAAUGUGCAAAUUGAAAGCAACGUUUCUGGUAUUGAGGGGAUUCUAAAAUUCCAUUCUAUAACCAAUGAUGCACUGCGUAAGGAUCUUGAAGAAUAUAUCAGAUCUACAGUAACACAAAUUACUGAUGAAAAUAUUACUUUGAGGAGCGAUCUAUCGAACACAAAAGAUCAAGUUAAUCAGAUCCAGGAUGCUCUGAACAAGCUUGAAUCAUGUGACCAAGAACGGUCAAAUACAAUUUGUUCUGCAUUAAAGAACAUUUCAAGUUUAACAACCAAUACUACUGAUAUGCAGCUAACAAAAAUUCAAAAACAGCAACUAAGUAUGGAAAUAAAGAUUGUUGAAGACUUGCAUAACCUUGGUCUGAAAAAUAUUACUGAAAGUGAAGAUUUAAAUCUUAUUGUAAAUGAGUUGUUCUUUCAACAUGUAGCAGACGAAGUAGAAGAACAGUGCCCCUUGUUCACUCAAAUUGUAAAGCUGUUAUUUAUUGAAAAACGGCCAGAAACAAAUACUGCAAAGAAAACUGAUGCAUUCAAAUUUAAAUCUGCAUUGCACAUCAUUAAUGCUCUUGGGAAGAUCCGUUCACAACUUAGAACAACAGAUGAGUUUGGGCUGAUGUUUGGUUUGCUCCUAAUAAGUUAUGGCUGUGGAAGAGCUGUACUUGAUGCAAUACAUGCACUUGGGUUAUGCAAGAGCUACGACUUUUAG